UUUGAUAUGGAUCGAUGUUAGGCCUAUGAAUGCACACCCUGACGCACGAUGGCCGACUAAAAAACAAUAUGCACAGGUAUUCCUCGAUAACCAAAGCAAGUAUUCAAUGGAAAUGACGGUAAAUUUUACUUUUAACUUGUGAAAUUUAAUAACACUCGUGAGACUGGACGCUUAACUAAACGGAUAUAAGGCUGCUUUCAAAGGUUUUGAUCUCAUUUGGGGGGGAAGGAAUGAACCCCUUUCCCAAGAGUGUCUCGCUGUUGACAACCGGCCCUAACCGUUAAUGGAAAGAGGAACUUUUUCGACAUUACUAUUGACUUGAAGAGCAGCAUCUGAUAACGGUUUUACUAACUGUGGGCAUCUUCCGGCCUGGAUCAGAAAGAAACUAGGUGAUCUUCAGCAACCAUCUCAUAAAAAGGUGAGACAAUUAUACCCGCAAAAGUAGACCUAAAAUCUACCAGUACGCCGCUAAACCGAUGCCAUCAGGACCAUAAUUUAGGGAAGAGGCAGUACCAGAGAUAUUUGAUUGAAAAUUGAUUCAUGUAUUGAUCACCUAUAUAGAUUAAUUCAAAACUAGAUACAACUGGUGGGGGUGGACUGAUUUCUGUGACAAGCGGAGAACCAGAUUGAACUUGAUUCAACCGGACUGUUCCUGCAGGUAUUGAAUAUUCGGUGAUGUGACUGAUGGGCGUCUCUGGGUAGUUUAACACUGCAUGGUGAGAGAAACAGCGCUUUGAAUCAUUGCACCAAAGAACUGUGGACUCCAUGUAGUAUUUGGAUGAGGGCCUUCCAAUGUGGCAAGCCUUGAGCGGACAUUCAACAGGUGAAGGAAACCAAUAUAAAAAACUUGAGCGAAAUAUUAAUGAAGCUGAAUUAAUGCUGAUAUUAGUAUAGCAAGGAAUUUUAAUUUCACCAGUUUUGUGAAGAUAACAUAGGUUAACGGAAUGCUUUGAAAGGCACAUGUGACCAGGAACAAGAAUGUGGAUAAGAUCAUGGAAGUUUCCGAGGGCCUGACAUUCUGAAGGAAAACCAACUGGUGCAGCGAGAUAAAGGAUCUCAACUGAUGUAAUUGUGUGAAACUGAACUGAGAUUUAGAAACAGGACAACAAACAACAAUGAAUGACGAGGGCGUUGUUGAUGAAAGCGGCAGGCGACACGCCACAAAAUGGCAGAUGACCCGAAUUUCCGCUUUCAUUUUGGGCGGCAGAUUCGCCUACAUCAUCACGUUCGUGUUCAACAAUGCUGUGCUUCAGACCAGAGGCGUCUCGGAGCUUCUCAUGUCAGUGUCAUGGGGCAUCGCCGGUCCGUUGGGGCUGGUGUUUAUACCUCUCUUGGGGAGUUGGAGCGACAACUGUAGGUCACCCUACGGGAGACGGCGGCCUUUUAUCAUUGGAACAGCAGCUCUUUUGGUCUUCAGCCUGGCCUGUGUAGCUUAUGGCGAAGAGCUAAGCCUUGCGUUGGGAUUUCGCAAUUUUUACACCAGCAAAAAUUCGACGACGCCUUUAGAAGGAAAGUAUUCAAACAGUACAAUCCGUGCAGCUGUUAUGCCCAUGUCGAAGCGUGAGUCUCUUCUGUCCCGUAAUAAAAGGCACGCUGAAGGGAGUGAGAUCUGGGUCGAUGAGCAUGUCACGCACAACAUGUUUGGAAUAGUCGUAACUUUUACUGGAUCGAUCAUCCUCUACGUCGCCUUGAAGUUGAGUUGGUCGCCGUCUCGGGCUUAUAUUGCUGAUGCGUCCACCCCCGACACCAACACUGCUGCCAUGGCCAUCUACACCAUCAUGAGCUGCGCGGGAAGUUUCUUAGGUGGGGUGUUCGGAGGCAUUGACUGGAAGCAAACACCGCUGGUACACGUCUUUGACGAUGUGUUUGCAUUCUACUAUACAGUGACGUUCGUUAUUGUGAUUAUAUGCACUGUGAUAUCCAUAACAGCAUACAGAGAAACGCCACUAAAACCGAAAGAUUCUUUACUAAAAAACAAAAAGCAAUCCGCUGACCCAAUAGAUUAUGACACCUUCACGAUAUCCGAGGAGUUCCGGAUGCGGUCAAAGUCAAAUGCAACCAGUCCGCGCACCAAGCGGCGAGAAACAAUAACAAAAGACAUCAUCCUCAUGGAGGAUGAAGAAAAGGAGGAACCAUUCGCCUUGAGGCGAUACUGCGUCGGCAUGUUCUGCAUGCCCAAGUUCCUCUUCCUUUUGUACCUCUGUACACUCCUUGGCGUCUGCUGGUACAGUUUCUAUUACAUCUACCUGACUGACUUCAUCGGAAAGGUCGUGUAUGGAGGCGACCCAGCCAAGCCUCCCAAUACCGUACUUCACCAUCUCUACGUCGAAGGAGUUAGACAAGGGUCGUUCUGUAUGGCCAUAGAUGCGGCUGCUGCAGCUUGUCAUGCGUUCUUGUGCAUAGAACUCGUCGACAGGAUAGGCAUCAAGCCCCUUUACAUCGGUGGCCAGGCCCUGGGUACGCUGACCAUGAUCCUAAUGGCCACCCUGAAGUACCCCAGCGCCAUCUACGUCCUGUCCAUCUUCUCAGGGAUACAGUACUCCACUAUCAUGACCUUUCCCUACCUCCUCCUCGUUAGGUAUCACAAAUACGACAUGUUUGUCGACAGGACGGGUUAUCACCCAAGCCGAGAGAGAGGCCUUGGAACUGAUCUCGCCAUCUUCACCAGCGCAUACAGUAUGUCACAGAUCAUCGGUGCCCUAAUGGUUAGUUUCCUAUUGACACUAUUCCAUACAAUCGCCGUGGCCAUGUGGUGCGCAGCCGCAUCAGCUUUCCUCGGGACGAUCGUCGCCAUCUUUGUUGUUUACCUUGAAUCAGACGAAAUACACCAGUUGGACAGUCAUUUCAAUCUCACCGAUAAGUGGGAUGAGGAGGAUUUUAAGAAGAAGAUGACGUCGGAAUCGGAGAGGAAGGAAAUGGAACAGAAGCUAUCGUCUACGAAAUUAACUGUCAGCGGGAGGAAACCAUCUAAGGUUGAAUCUGUCGUUGAUAACAAAUCCGGCUCAGAUGUUAACAAAACACCCGUGAAUGGGUCUGUGAAAGAGAACGUUGAUGAAACUGAGUCGGAGGGUCAAGGUGAUAAAAUGUGAUUACAAAGAGUAAUUAGAACUGAUGGAAUUCAGUGUCACGUACGACCAGCAAUUGAAAUAACCAAAUACCCGCUGGUACCGAGCAUAACUUUCCCACAGCAGCGUCUGCAGCAGGGACGCUGACUGUUGUGCUAAUAGAAAAAUCAUAUAUAAUCAUAAAUACAUGUACGUGCAUAUUCUGUAGUUAACGUUUGUUGCAAAUAAAGUGGUCAUAUGUCAUA